UUGUGUUUUUCCUAGAUGUUCAACUGACGUCACUCUUUCCUUAUCUCUCUCCGCCCCUUUCUUUGGUUUAUAGCGCAGAGGUAACACUGCGCUCUCCAGAACACAACUCGCAGGGCAGCAGCAAUAUCUCACAGUAUCUGACGUUACCCAACCUUUGUUGACAUUUAGCAAAACUUUCUUUUUUAUACAAGCGACUCUCAAACACUGAGCAACAAUUAGUCUCUCAACCAGGCACAAUAAUAUCAGGCUAACUCAAGGGUGAUAAGUUCCUUGAAAGGACAAUGAUGGAAAUUAUGGUUUGUCCAAUGGGAGGAGGUGCCGCUCGGCUGUACAGCGCCCUGGCCCAGCCCCUCGACUUGGCUCCCUCUGACCAUCCCAGCCCUGCCUACCAGGACCCCCACAGCGGCUGCCUGACCCCCCCGGAGCCUGUAGACCGCCUGGAUCUCCUGAGGGAGUGCGAGGAGGCCCUGAGGGGCCGACCCCCCCGCCCGCUGCGUUCCUUCAUCAGCGCCCGUGAUGCAGACAGCCACAUCGCCCCCAAUGGGUCAAUCAGGGUGAUGCAGUGGAACAUACUGGCUCAAGCGCUGGGUGAAGGAGUGGACAGUUUCGUCCACUGCCCCUUGGAUGCCCUCAACUGGGAAAUCAGAAAAUACCUCAUCCUGGAAGAAAUCCUGACCUACCGACCUCACAUCCUGUGUCUUCAGGAAGUUGAUCACUACUACGACACCUUCCAGCCAAUCCUGGCCAGCCUGGGUUACCAAGGACACUUCUGCCCCAAGCCCUGGUCACCUUGUCUCGACGUCGAGGGCAACAAUGGGCCAGAUGGCUGUGCCCUCUUCUUCGACCAAUCGUACUUCGAGCUCCUGGAGAGCGUCAACGUCCGUCUAUCGGCUAUGCUGAUACCGACCAAUCAGGUGGCCGUGGUAACUACACUCCAUUGCCGGGCGACAGACCGACGCCUGUGCGUCGCCGUGACGCACCUCAAGGCCCGCAGCGGCUGGGAGUAUCUCCGUAGUGCCCAGGGCUCCGACCUGCUCCGGCACCUCCAGAACAUCACUCAGGCCCGGGGCGUGGGCGGCGAGGGCCCCUCUGGCAGGGCCUCAGGCACCCCCCUGCUGGUCUGCGGUGACUUCAACGCCGUCCCCUCGGAGGAGGUGUACCGGCGCUUCGCCGCAUCGCCUCUCGGCCUCGACUCGGCCUACAAGAGGCUGAGCAGCGAUGGCGUUUCAGAACCAGCCUACACGACCUGGAAGAUACGGCCCACAGGAGAGUGCUGCAGCACGCUGGACUACGUCUGGUACUCCCAGGACCAGCUCAGGGUGGAUGGCGUGCUGGACAUGCCCACAGAGGAGCAGAUAGGCCCCAACAGACUCCCGUCCUACAACUACCCCUCGGACCACCUCUCACUGGUGUGUGACUUUAGUUUCACCGACCGGGGAGAGUGAGGGAGGAAGUAGAGGGGAAAAAAUAUGGAAAUGUAGUGCCAUAACUGCUCAAGUCUUCUUUUCUACUGGAGUGUGAGCUCCGGGUUUAGAAAAAAAGGAGGUAGAGGUGGAGAGAGGUAAAAGAAGGGAUGGUCUGUAGAGGAGCAGCACCUGACUGCCUCUGUUGUAAAGUUGUUCAGGUGGGUGGAUAACCUGCACAUGCUCCUGACCUGGGUUAUAUUGGUGUUACCCCACCUCAGAACACAUGGGUGGAUAUCACACACAGGCUUGCCGAGACUUGAGAGAGAGUUUUGUGUGGGAACACCAUUUAAAUAAUAACGGUCUAAAGCACUUUGGGUGAGAAAUCAUUGGAUAACCAUCCAUCAAGCACAACUGGUUUGUACAGAAGUAUGUGUAAGCCUCUCUCUUCUCAGUCUAGUCUGUCAGUCUAACCCUGAGCUUACUGUAGGUGUGAAUGCAACUAUGUUUAGCAUUUUCUUUACUUAUACCUGCUCAGAGCGAUUGAGUUAAGUGAGAGAAGUUCAGUUACCUCAGAAAUUGGAUGCACAUACAAACACAAACUGACUUUUGAAGCCACAGGAGUACAUUUGAUAAACUGGGGUUGUGAAAGAAUUUGGGAAGUUAAAAAAGUUAUUCCACAGAUAUUGAUUAAUUAGUCUGACCCAAGUUUGGAACGUGGUGCUACAGAUUCAGUUGUUUUAUGUUCAAAGCCGUUGGUUCACACUACUUCUAAGGACUAAAUUGUCCAUUUUAGAAAUUGUUUUAUCAGUGAUUCUGUUUUAUGGUGCAAUGUGACUGACUACCUUGUACCUUGUUGUAAAAUACCCCAAAAAUAAAAUUAUACAAAAUGAA